CAUUUCAUCUAGGUUAGGCUAGGCAUCCAACUGGAAUAUGUUUAAUUCAGGCACCUUUCUGAACAGCCUCGUUACGUCGCCAACAGAGGACCCCGCAGUCCACUAUGGCGGUGCCCGGUGGAACUUUAAACUGUGAGGACUUUUCAAUGUUUCAGGAGGUGCUGAAGGCGAUGCGCACCAUCGACGACCGGAUCGUCCAUGCCCUGAACACCACCGUGCCCACAGUUUCAUUCUCAGGCAAAGUGGAUGCCACGCAAACAUGCAAACAGCUCUAUGAAACUAUGAUGGAGGCCCAUCUGAGCAGAGACCAAGCUAUCAAGUCAUGUAUAUCCCAGACAUCUGAAGUGGUUGGACAACUGCGUGAGGAAAGAGCCAAGAACAGUGAAAACCUGGCAAUCAUCAAACAACUCAGAAAGGAGCAGACCAAAUUAAAGCUAAUGCAAUCAGAGCUGAAUGUUGAAGAAGUUGUCAACGAUAGAAGUCUGAAGAUUUUCAAAGAAAGGUGCAGAAUCCACUACACGCCUCCGAAGGUGAAGUGAAGCUGUGGCCUCAGAACAGAUGCUUCACUCAAGGUUCAAAUCCAGACACUGUGACUACUGCUUCUGAGUCCGGAGUGCAGUCACUUCACAUCAUGUGACAUCACACUUACACUAUAUUCCUAUGUGAUUGUUGUAUUACAUGCCCAUGCUGUAAAGCAGUGUUUCAUGUGCUUCUUAAUAAGAAACAUUGUACAAAAGGAGUGUUGUUGCUUUUUAAAAAAAGAAGAUGGUGAAAAGUGGCACUGGCUGUCUGAGUGAUUUGGUGUCUUUUACAUCUGUGAUCCUCUUUAAUCCAAGGCUGUCUUAAAUUGAACUUGAACAAAGUCGAUGUAAAGUUUUAGUCAGGCAACAUUGGCCUACAAAUCUGCUUGUUCAUUCCCACCUCGGGAUGAACCUCAACCUCACUCGAAUAAACAUUAUACCCAAAGUCUGCACUGACA